AUGGUUGUACGAAAGGUGGGUUGUGGUGCCCGAUUAGAUCGACCUCUACGUUGUCCAAAAAAUAUGUUUUUUCUUAUGCAGAAAUGUUGGGAGCAAAAUCCGGAUGACCGAUAUGACAUGAAACAAGAUUAUUUGGAAUGUAGAGCAAGAAAAAAGAAACAAGUGAGGAUGACAGAAACGACCGAAUUAACAAUGAAAGAUGGCGAAGAUGCUGUUGAGGAAUAUUUGAAGAGAAAUGGAAAAAGUGGGAAUAAAACAAUUACCAAAAUGGAUUCAAAUACAACAAAAAUAAUCAAAGAAUUGCAAGACUUUGUGCAAUCAAUUAUGAUUCGAUGUUAUUAUCGAAUGCAGAAGAAAGCCGAUCAAAAGACAAAAAUUACAAAGAAGAUUCAGAACUUCAGGCAGCUUUACCUAUAUAUAUAUAUAUAUAUAUAUAUA